AUGGGUAGCAGAGAGCUGUCAAACUCCCAGUCCCUUACAUUUGCAUUUAUCGAUACAGGUGUUCUAUUACUGGCAUUUUGGCGAUAUCUCCCAAUUCUGCCUCCACAAUGGUACAUACACUCUUCCUAUCUAUUUGCAUGUCCUCCAUACCAGUCCAGCACCAUUAUAUUGGGCGAUAUCCUUGAGCUUACGUCUGUAUUCCACAGCUCCGAACAUAAAUUUCACAUGUCAUUAUUUGAAUAUCAUGCUUCUCCAACAAUAGAGCAAAAAGAAAGCCAGGAAAGCAAAAAGAUUGACCGACGCAGGGAUCGAACCUGCAAUCUCUUGAUUCGUAGUCAAGCGCCUUGCCAUUGGGCCAGCCGGCCUGUGAAAGAUUUGGCCCAGUUUUGA